UCUCUCUCUCUCUCUCUCUCUCUCUCUCUCUCUCUCUCUCUCUCUCUCUCUCUGGUUUAUUGUUACACGGUGACAUCAGGAUUAUUUGCUACAGUUAAAGCUUCUUACUGACAAUGUGGACGUCAGCUGGGAAUAUAUAAUAUAUAUUUUCGACCUCUUCUGUCUUUUCAACCGCAUAUGAAAACAGUCACCAAGGGAGGGCGCUUUGAGAGACAGGAGCGUUUCAGUCGGAAGUGUGAGCCGUACGAGCUGUGAAAGGAAGGUGAAGAGCCUCAUUGCGCAGUUGCACCUGCUGACGAGCCUCUUUCAUGCGUCUCCCUGCGGCAGACUCCCACAUCAGAAUGAACUGUGAGCAGGACUUCGGAGAAGGGGGCAUGAACGUGACGCUCACCCUCAGGCUCCUCAUGCACGGAAAGGAGGUCGGGAGCAUCAUUGGAAAGAAAGGAGAAACGGUGAAGAGAAUACGAGAAGAGAGCAGUGCACGCAUCAACAUUUCAGAAGGGUCCUGCCCUGAGAGAAUAAUCACCAUCACCGGGCCCACAGACUGCGUCUUCCGAGCCUUCACCAUGAUCACGUUAAAACUGGAGGAGGACCUCUCGACCCUGGUAGCCAACGGGACAGUCACCAGCAAGCCCCCAGUCACCCUACGGCUGGUCAUUCCUGCCAGCCAGUGUGGGUCCCUCAUCGGGAAAGGGGGCUCCAAGAUCAAGGAGAUCCGGGAGAGCACAGGGGCCCAGGUUCAGGUGGCCGGCGACUUGUUGCCCAACUCCACCGAGCGAGGAGUGACGAUAUCUGGGACCCAGGACGCCAUAAUCCAGUGUGUCAAACUGAUCUGCACAGUGAUCCUGGAGUCUCCUCCGAAGGGGGCCACUAUUCCAUACCGGCCCAGUCCGUCCCCCGGAGCCGUCCUGCUGUCCGGGAACCAGGUUCUGGAUGCCUCUGAGUUCGGGUCACAUCCUCUCUUCUCAUUGGCUCAGGGAGGUGUGGAGUUGCAACAAGCAUACACUGUACAGAACCAAUAUGGCAUUCCACACUCGGAGUUGGCCAAGCUUCACCAGUUGUCCAUGCAGCAGGGCCUGAGUCACAUGGGCCAGCCCGCCACCCCCAUCCUGCCUGCAGGAAUAGAGACCAACGCCCAGACCACAUCCCAGGAGCUGCUCAUUCCAAACGACCUGAUUGGCUCGAUCAUCGGCCGACAGGGCACCAAGAUUAACGAAAUCCGGCAGGUCUCCGGGGCGCAGAUCAAGAUCGGCAGCCAGCUGGACAGCACCAGCGACCGGCACGUGACCAUCACCGGCUCGCCCAUCAGCAUCAACCUGGCCCAGUACCUCAUCACGUCCUGUUUAGAGACCGCCAAAUCCACUGCCCAGUCCUCCUCCAUGUCGACCCCUGUUGACCUGAACAUGAGCUUCACCCAGCCCGCCUCCCCCGCAUCGUCCUCCGCAGCAGCCCUGGCAGCGAUGGGGGGUCUGCCCCACGCUCCCAUGCUGGGCGCCCCCUAUGCCCUCCCCCUCUCCAGCCUCCUGGGAAUGAAAUCGGUCCCCUUCCUGGCACUGUCCAGCCCCGCCCCGGCCGGGCCGGCCGUCGCGCCCGCCCACGGGGCCCUGGCGUCCUACACCGCCAAAAUCUCCUCGGCCAACGGGAUCAAGAAGCCCGAGAGACAGAAGUUUGCGCCGUACUGAU